CCUCCGGAGCCGCUUCACGAGCUCGCGUUGAUCAGGGCUUCGGUAGGCAGUGACGCUCCGGUCACGUGCCCUUCCCCCGGGUACGUGCGUCGUGGUUUCUUUUCCCCUCUCUUUCAACCGAGAUCGGUCCGAAUAAACAGGAGCGCGAGGGCCCCCUUUUUGUCGCAUCUCGCAGCCGCGGCGCGCUCAGCUCCCCGCCGCCCCGGGCUCGCGUGGUUUCUGGGCGUGUGCUGUGUCGCGGAGCGGACCGUCUCUCUGGCGUGUUUGUGACGCGCGCCCCGGAUCGAGUGCGCGAUUUUGUGAUGCCUUAAACACAACCCGUUCAAAAAACAAAACAAAAAAGAGGACAAAUAGUCAUCGUGGACUGACCGUCAUGUUCCACGCCAACUUCCUGUCCACAGACAGACUAUAAGGGUGGAGUCCAAGUCAGGUAAAGGAAUUUCAGUGGAGUUACCUUAUCAAGAGCCAUGGCUAGCAAGCGGAAGUCCACAGUCCCAUGCAUGAUCCCCGUGAAGACGCUGCACCUGCACGAGGACGUCGAGCAGGGCUGCGACUCGCCCUCGUCCAGAGACUGCAGCUUCUCCAAGGACGAGGGCGUCGGAAAGGGCUUCCACGGUCUGGGAGAGUCCUCCGGACAGGACACAGGCGACGUGAACAAAGACACCGGCACCUACGUCUGCAGGCCCUGCCGUUUUGAGACCCAGGACCUGAACCUCUUCCUGGACCACGUCUACAGCGGGCACCCGGAGUUCCGCUCGGAUCCAUCCUUCUUCUGCGCAGACUGCGGGGUGAGCGCGGCCAAGUUCGAAGGCCUGGCCUUGCACAACGCUCGCGUGCACCCGAGCACGCUGACCACCACGCUCCAGCUAAAGAAGAAAGACCGGAAGGUCACGGUGGAGCAGAACCUGGUCGUGGGCCCUGGUGAAAGCACCAGCGCCAAAGAUUCGGAGAUCUCCAUUACAAAAACGCCAAUCAUGAAAAUGCUGAAAGGUAAGUCGGAACCCAAGAGGAUCGUAGUUUCCCACGCUGCCACGGACGAGGCUGCCAAGCAGGCGGAGUCGAUAGACUCUCCGCCAGUGACGGUCACUCACGUCCCCACGAUUGUUCACAACGGAGCGGCAAGCAAAGUCAGCCUGCCUUCCGCCAUCCAGAUCGUCAACGGCUCUGGGGCUUUGCCCAUGCUGAAGACGGCCAUCACGCAGGUGGUCUCCGUGGUUCAGAACAGGAGUCUCAACCAGCAGUCAUCGUCCCUCACGCUGUCCUCGUCCUCGUCAGGCUCCAAGAAUCUGCCAAAGGUGAUGAUUCCGCUCAGCAGCAUUCCCACUUACAACGCGUCCAUGGACAGCAGCAGCUUCCUGAAGACCUCCUUCAGCAAGUUCCCCUACCCCACCAAGGCAGAGCUGUGCUACCUGACCGUGGUCACCAAGUACCCAGAGGAGCAAAUAAAAAUCUGGUUUACAGCGCAGAGGCUUAAGCAAGGAAUCAGCUGGUCCCCGGAGGAGAUAGAGGACGCCCGCCGGAAGAUGUUCAACACCAUCAUACAGACGGCGCCCCCUGCUGGCGCACAGCAGCGCCAGCCGCACCACGGCACCGCCCAGCAGACCAUCGCCGUCCUGCCGGCCUCGCUGGGGACCCCCGGCAUCCCUCACAUUUUGCAGGGAAGCCUGGUUGGCCAAGGAGGGGUGAUAGUCACCCAGCCCAUGAUGGCUAACGGGAUUCAGGUGGGCAGCACCCCCGUGGCCCUGGCUCUGACGCCCAAGCCCCAGGCCGCCGCCAAGCCCCCGAUGCAGGCGAAGCCUGCCGCCGCCCUGAUGGCCGAUAAGGGGCUCGGCGUGGUGGUGGGUGCCGUCGGGAGCAGCAACAGCGCCAACUUCGCCGUUAGCAACGGCGCUAGCAGCAGCAGCACGAGCAGCGUCAUCAGUAGCGUCAGCACCCCCGCGAGUGUGAUCAGCGUCAGCGGCAACAGCAAUAGUAAAGUCAGCGUGCCUAGCAACAACAACAACAUCAUCAAAGCAGUAAAUGGCAACAAAAACAGCACUAACCUUAAAAGCAACAUUUCAAAGUGUAGCACAGACGGCGGCACCGACGCUAAAGGUACCGGUGACGACACCAAGCGCGGCGGUAACGCCAGUCCCGGCGGUACGGUCAUCACUAGCCCAGCCGGCGCCCUGGCAACCAUUGGCUGCAUCCCCAGCAAGGCGGACAGCCCGUCGCCAGCCUCUGCCAACUCGCGCACCCUCCCCACCACCAGCUUCCUGGACCCCAGCUUUUACAAGGCCAAAAAGUCCCAAGAGCAGCUGUCCGCCUUAAAGGAGAGUUUCCUCGUCAGCCAGUUCCCCAAUCAAGAGGAGGUGGACCGGCUCACGAGCCUCACCGGCCUGACCGUGCGGGAGGUGAGGAAGUGGUUCAGCGACCGCCGAUACCAUUUCCGCAACCUCAAGGGCGCAAGGUCGAGCACCGGCGGUCAGACCACCGGCAGUUCCGCCGGGAGCUGUGCGUUCUCUUCCGCCCCUGCCGCCGAGCUUCCAGACAGUGCCGUGAUAUCGGAGAGGCCCCGGACACCCCAACAGAUGCCCCUGAGCCCUCCGCGGCAGCAGCAGCAGCAGACGACUCCGCCCACGCCGACGCGGCGUCCCCCUCGGCCACCCUCGCCGGACUUCACGGCGAUCCGUUACAAAGAGAGGGAGCCGCACCAGGUCCGCGCCCUGGAGGCCAGCUUCGGCCAGAACCCCGACCCAUCCGGGGAAGAGGUGGACAGGCUACGGGCCGAGACCAAAAUGACUCGGCGCGAGAUCCACGGCUGGUUUGCCGAGCGACGGAAGAGGGUGGCCGCGGAGAAGAAAAAGGAAGAGCUGGAAAGGGCCGAGCGGGAGGAGGAGGAGCAGCUAGACGAGGAAGAGGGAGCGAGCGAAAACGGGAGGAAAGACGCGUUUAAGGAGACAGCAGAGGGGAGCCGAGGUGAUGAGGAAUCGUCGUCCUCGGAAACGCAGCAGCAGCUGAAAGAUGAGAAACACAAGGACGACGUGUCCGGAACAGAGCCGAAGGUGAACCCAAUAAAGAUCAACCUCAAAAUGCUCAAAGUCACCGAGUCCAACGGAAAAGGCGAAGGACCCCAGACGACCCCAGAGACACCGAAGGUUCCUCCGCCGCUCCUGUCUCAGGCACCGUACCGAGGUAAGAAGACACCGGAGCAGCUCCACCUGCUGAAGCAGGCCUUCGCACGCACCCACUGGCCCAGCAGCGCGCUGUACAACGAGCUGAUCGCCAGGACCGGCCUCCCCCGCCCCGAGGUGGUGCGCUGGUUUGGGGACUGCCGCUACGUCCUCAAGAACGGUCAGCUGAAGUGGCUCGAGAGCUACCAGUCCAUGGUGGACGAGGAGGACUUUGCGAACGCGGACGUCGCUCCCCUCCGCGAGCACUUGGAGGCGCACGGCAAGCUCGCCGAGGAGCAGGUGGAGGAGCUGGCCACGGCUAGCGGCCUGGGUGAGGAGCUGGUCAGGAGGUGGUUCGCCAGACGAGCGAAAGGGCCCCCGCCGACAGGGAGCAGAAAGCCCGACGAAACGGAAGCCACAGAGACCAAGGCCGUGUCCUCGGUCGCCAAGGGCAAAGCGUCCCAAAAAUCAGCACAGCAGGAAGACACGGAUGUGAAGGCGAACCAGAGCAACGUUGCUGCAGGAGAUCAGACCGCGGAGAAGACAGCUGCACACGCAGCUACCAGUGAGAAGCAAGGGCGUGACUGAAGGACUGCGUGUGAUCGAGAGGUGGGAAAGUCGCGGCACCUGUGGGAUCUACAGCACAGGUGGGCGCGUCGCGUCCGAGUUCUGUGUAAAUGGCAGAUGUGAUUGCGACAGUAUCAUCAGAGGACGCCGCGGGCACAUCAUGCCUUCAGCGCCUUGGGGUUACCCAGGCUGAGAAGCAGGGGUACGCAGGGGACGCUCACCUGUGUCACUACUCCAGCCAGACUGGGCUUUGUUUUGGGGGUUUUUUGGGGGGUUGGGAGGGCAAGAAGCAAAGGGAUUUCUGUUCCAAAGAGAGAAGCAGCUGAGAUUUCGAGAGGCGAGCGGCGACCUCGGCCAGGCCGGCCGUCCUCCGACUCGAACUGCUGGACAGGAAGUGACGUAGAGGGGAGUGUGUUUCCCGGUAAACAUUUGGUAGAUUCGAGGUACGAUUUUCACACUGCACAGCUCACUGUGGAGCCCUUUUCUUUUCUUGUUGAUAAGUCCCGGAGGGCCACAGGGGUCCGGGAGAUGCUUAUCUGUACUCUACAGUUAAAGUAUCGUCAUCUUGUACUAAAACAAAAACAGAUGCUGUUUGUUUCAAGCUCCUAGGACUGUUGUAUCAUUUUUACACAUAUUUGCAGAAUAAAUGAAAAUGUAACAAACGU